GCAUGCUGGGAACGGACGAUCCUACGCCCGCUGCGCCGCGCACUCUAUUAUUCCCCCGCCUCCUCCCUACCAAGCUGAAAAAGCUAAGUGAAGACAGCUUAACUAAGCAGCCUGAAGAAGUCUUCGAUGUUUUAGAGAAGCUUGGUGAAGGAUCUUAUGGUAGCGUGUUUAAAGCAAUACACAAGGAAUCUGGACAAGUAGUGGCAAUUAAACAAGUCCCUGUCGAGUCAGAUUUACAGGAAAUAAUUAAAGAAAUUUCUAUAAUGCAGCAAUGUGACAGUCCCUAUGUUGUCAAGUACUAUGGCAGCUACUUUAAGAACACAGAUCUAUGGAUUGUUAUGGAGUAUUGUGGAGCUGGCUCUGUCUCGGACAUAAUUAGAUUACGGAAUAAAACACUAACAGAAGAUGAAAUAGCAACGAUUCUUAAAUCCACACUUAAAGGACUUGAAUAUUUGCACUUCAUGAGAAAAAUACACAGAGAUAUAAAGGCUGGAAACAUCCUCCUUAACACAGAAGGACAUGCAAAAUUAGCCGAUUUUGGAGUGGCUGGCCAAUUAACAGAUACAAUGGCAAAACGAAAUACUGUUAUAGGUACUCCAUUUUGGAUGGCUCCUGAGGUAAUACAAGAGAUUGGUUACAACUGUGUGGCAGAUAUCUGGUCCCUUGGUAUCACUUCAAUAGAAAUGGCUGAAGGAAAGCCUCCAUAUGCUGAUAUACAUCCAAUGAGAAGGUGGAUUAAAACUAAAUAAGAAGAACCAACACAAACAAAGGGCUUUCACAACAAAUUGUAGUCCCUUCCUCAUCCUAAAAAAGUGCUUGUGACUCAUGGGCAUUUCCAGUCUGAUUCUGAUACACAGAGAGACAAGGUGGGUGAGGUAAUA